AUGAUUCGCAAAACAUUGUUGCAUUUGUUCCCAGUGCUUUUGUUGCUCUGCUUUGGGUGUGAUGGAAAACGCAGUUGGGAUUACGAACCCAUCUCGGUGGACUCAACGUCGUCGGAUUCAAAUAAGCUUGAUAUCGAUAUACGGGUUAAGAGGAUGCCACGAGGUGAAUUUGCUUAUGAUGGAUAUAUCAAAUAUAAUUAUGACAUAACCGAAGAUACAAUGAUUGAGGCCGAGGCUUUUCGCAGCAAUUCAGGCAGAGAUGAGGAUUACACUCCGAUGCCUUGGACCAUUCCAAAGCAACCAUUUAGCAAGUUUAUCGAUGACUUUUACAAAGACAUGAUAUAUGAGAACUUUCACAGCUGCUCGAAUAUGCCAGCGCCGGAUGACGGGAUUCCGUAUAAAAUAGGAAACUGGACAUUUAAUGAGUGUGUUGUCGAAGGAAAAGGAAUGCCUGAAAUGGCACCACAAGGUUACUUAAAAGUCAUUUUUAAGAUUACCGGAGAGGUCGAAUGGGGCUUUGUGUCUGUUUCUAGGAUAUUCGAUAAAUAUAUGCCCUAA